ACAGCAAUAUUUUUGCUCAAAAGGGGGAGUAUCUUGUAGCUCAGUAGCUGUUAUAAGUACGCGAGGUUAAGUACAUGUAGACAUGUGUUGUACAUGUACGUACGUAGACUACAUGUGUAUUAAAUUUGAAGAAGAUGUAGCCUCUGGAUUAUUAUCAAGAAGAUGUCUGACACUUACCUCACAAUAGCAGAUCUAGGAAAACUAUACAUAGCUACGUUUGAUGCUCGAGUGAAGUGGCGAAACUUCUUGCUGGUUCUUGAGAUAUCCUCAGAUACUAUCGACAGUAUAGGUACGAAAUGGCGAGAUGAUCCUGAUGACUGCUAUCGUGAGGGUUUGAAAGAAUGGCUGAAAGGUGGGGAGAGAAGCUGGGAAGAUGUUGUCAAAGCAUUGUCUAGUCCUAUUGUGGGCCACGUUCACAUAGCCAGGACCAUCGAGAGAGAUCAUCUACAGUCUAGCAAUCCUACUGAUGUGAAGUCAGAGGAUGCUUCACUGACAAGAGACUCGGACUCAAUGGAGGCAACAAAGAGGGACACUCAACCAAUCAAGAAGGGUCCCCCUCCCAGAGAGUUGCCACUCACUCUGAAAUGGAGAAGAGGAAAAGAUAUGCCAAUCAAGAUUGGCUACACAGUACAGAGUGUUGUUAUCGGUGACACGGCGUAUGUUGGUGGAGGCAGUGCAGACAAUUAUCGUAACAUGUGUACAGUGAUGAAGCUCGAGCAAGAUCAAUGGACCAAACUACCAGAGUACACUGCCAAGUGGUUUGGUAUGACAUCACUCGCUAAUCGACUAGUGCUAGUGGGAGGACGUGAUCCAAAAAAAAACACACCCAGCAAUCAACUUUCAGUGCUCGAGUCAGGGGAAUGGACUCACCCGUACCCACCAAUGAACAUUGCUCGUCAAUCCUCAACAGCUGUCUCCUUCAACAACCACAUAAUUGUAGCUGGUGGGCGUGAUGGUGAUGGUCGUAUCUCCUCUGUGGAGGUGUUGGACGUGGUAUCAAGAAGAUGGUACAUUGCUCAGUCACUACCUAACUCACGAUCAGAACUGAAAUCAACUCUCAUAGGAAACACCCUCUACCUAAUGGGAGGGUACGAUCACACUGGGCCAACCAAGACAGUGCACCACGUUGACCUCAAUGAACUCAUUGCCAAAGCCCUUUCCAACUCGGACACACCCACUCUCUGGCAGACGUUAGAGGAAGUGCCGCUCGAGUUGUCAGCUCCUCUCAGUAUUGGGAGGUCACUAUUAGCCGUUGGUGGAGCGAAUGACAGAGUCAACCCAAGUUCAUCGAUCCACCUCUACCAGCCUGACACCAGGAGGUGGUUGAAAGUAGGAGACCUGCCUACUGUACGAUACUGCUGCACAUGCUCAGUACUUCCUAGUGGAGAGGUUAUUGUAGCCGGAGGACAGAUAGUAAAUAAGAUUAAAAUCCAAACUGUGGAUUUCUUCUCUAUAAGUUCUUAGUUUUUUUCAUGUCCUUCAUGUUAUAAUUAUAAAUUAAUGAUACUUUUCUAGCAUAAUAAUUAAAGUUGCAACUGAAUUUCAA